UUCUUCAGUCAGAGAAUCAUGACUCCAGACCUGGUUCCUCCUCGCCGCGUGGCGGCGGUAACGAACCGGGUCGUUGUUUGCCGACCGCCAAUGAAAUCAAAAAGACGACAGAACCAAACCGACGGACGCGCCUCAGCGCUGAAACUAACGCCAAACCGAACUCUGCCUCAAGACAGUCAUGAACUCUUUAGCCUCGUCGCCGUUAACGGUUUCCGGUCGUCAGCUCUCCGGUGAAGUGCAUCUGCUGGUUGGUGGACGUUUAAAGAAAAUCUAACUCGUGAUGAGCUUUGAUUUGAGCGCAGAGAGAUGAACUCGAAGUGAUUACAGUUAAAGGGAGUUUUGAGCUGAAGCAUCUGGAACAGACUCCGUGUUUAUACCUGGCAGCGCUAACGCGGGUGAGAUGACCAUUUAACACAGUUACAGUUAUUUGGUUAGUUACUACUAAGUACUAGUACUAACUUUAAAGUUGCUCAGUAACUUUAAGCUCGACACCAAUUAAGGAAAAACCAAAGAAACAAAAGGGAAGUUGUGACUGACUGUGAGCGUCCACGUCACUUUGCUCCAUCAAGUGGUUUCCAUAGUAACCGAAGUUCACCGCUCAUGUUGAUGACAGCUGCCUCCAUGGCUAAAUGAACAGUGAGCCCUUGUGGGCUGGUGCUCAGUGACUCCAUCCGGUCUGUAUGGUGUGUUGUCAGCAUGGACUCCGGCAGCCUGGACGGUGACGUCCUCUCCCCCGAGUCCACGGUGACCUCCCUGCUGUCCAGCUCCGGACACCUGAGGAGCAGCCUGCUGCCUCCCGAUCACAGCUCCAGCUUCAGAUACAGAGACAGGGACUAUGACUCGGCCUCUGCAGCGUUGGACGCCUACAUAGCAGACUUUGAGCUGAGUCACUGUGACAGAGGGCCACGCAAAGGAUUGGUUCUGCCACGCGUUCCUCCAGCGGCACCCAGCAGACCCAGAGGGAGAACACUGAGGAAUAGAGACGUUCUUAGGGAGAGUUUGACUGAAAGAGAGCUGGACUUCCUCAACCUCCCUGUCAGCUCCCUCCGUCACCGUGACAACAGAGACAGACUUUCCAUGACCACAGAUGAGCUGCUGUGCAUCCCCCCUGACGGCUCCAUGCCCGUCACCCACACCUCCGCCUUCAUCUACGGCCUCAACCCCAGGUCUGGUGCCUCCCAGCUCUGCUUCUGCUCCUCCGGGUCAAGGCGCGGUGCCUGUGCGAGGCUCAGCAGCAGCUGCAGGCUUCAGAUGCCCCAAACCUGCAGAUGCAAAGAAAAAACAAACGUGAACAUGUCUAAAAGUCUCGACAACAUACGGUCUGAGAGCAAGUUUAAGCGUGUACACAGAGCAGGAGGGCCAGACUCCCUGUCACUCCACCUCCCUCACUGGGUCACCAGCAACAAGGCCGACCUGGACUGUUCUGGAAUGAGCAGCGUGCCUGACCUGACCUACCCGGCUUGGAUCCAGCACUGUGACCCCAGUGAACGCUGGGACCGCCGCGCUCCCAGAGUCAGUGCUCCAUCGUGGGUAGCAGAGCUGGAAGAUGAUGAUUCCCAUCAGAUUUCGCAGCAGGUUGACAAUCAGCAGAUUCUCAAAGACCUGAGGCUUCAGUUUGCUGAGCAGAUUUCGCUGCUCACUACAGAGAGAAAGAACUCUGAUGUUGUGGAAAAUCUGUUCAGGGACAACAGAUUUGAAUCUCUGAUACAGAAGGCUGACGAGGUGUUACACUGUCUGUCCCAGAGUUCUGGUCCAGCAGACAGCAGUCCUGCAGGUUCAGUCAGCCCAGUGAAGACUGAGGAUCUACUGUGUAGUUCACUCUCACGCCGUCCCUUCUUCAGUCUAGAGUCAACAGCAACAGCAGGGGGCGCCACAGAGGCUUUGACUGACAGAGGAGCUCAGGCUCAUGGCGAUAGCAUCUGGAAGCAGCCGGGUCCACUGGAGGCUCUGAAACAGAUGCUGUUCAAACUGCAGGCAGUGGAGACAGAGCUUCAGCGACAGCAAGCAGAGGCAUCCAAGGCAUCCAAGGCUCCGGCGGCUCCGGCGGCUCGGGCGGCCUGUGAACCACUGCAGACGGAGGUCAAUGUGAUAACAGAAGAGGUCAGUCAGAGGCCUGAGGGGGUCGUGGAGCUGGAAGGUCUGUCUGGUGGCGUGUGCCUGCAGAGAGCUCUGCAUCACCUCCACCGCCUGAAGCUGCUAGUAGAGGAACCCGGAAGUAAAAGCAAACCGGACGAGGUGAAGGACGAGGAUGAAGGCCACUACUCCUCUUCAUCUGCCGAUGGACUCUGUCCUCAGCAGAAACCGGCCUGAAGCAAGAGGCCUCCUGUUGAUCUGUGUCAUCACUCCUCUCUCCUGUGUUUCCUGUUGUUUCUAGUGAAAGCAGGUGGUUGUGUGCCAAUGAAUGAGGACCACCCUCAACUUGUAUUCAACGACAUUUACAUGUUAUCACAGUGCCAUGAAGUUACAUGAAGUGUUUCACUGCUUUGAUGAGUUAAAAUAGAAUGUUUUCUUCAGGUAAAUUCUCUGGUUUGAAGUCAGAGGAUAGUUCCAGUAUCUAUUGCUACGUCAUUAUUCCUUGUGCAAUAAAGACAUUAUGACAAUUUAAA